AUUUAUUUAUAUUUUUGAUAGGAAGGAGUGAGGCUGAGGGAAGUCGAUAGAGUUCGAAACAGUAGACCUUGGAUUCAGGCUACACACCUGCACAGGUUAAACAAAACAGUCACGGAAAAGAAAUCCUUUGAAUUGACAAACAUGACACCUGAUCUAUGGAUCAUCAGUCAGUCUGACUUAAUGAGCCCUUGUAGAGACUGCUCCACCUGAAAAACGACAUUUCGGUAACGUGAUGCCCACUUAUAUAAUGCCUCUCUCCAGUAUGGGACUGAUGCAGGACUGAAGAGGAUGCUCAAAUACACCUGCUCCAUCAUACAUUAGAUACAACAAUACAGUUACCACUGCUGCAACGGAUAGAGUAGGCUAACCUGUAAAACAGCUUCAUAAACUCGUCAGCUUCCGAAAGCCAAGUGGAAAUCAACGCUAAAACACGCGGAUCAGGGGCAUUUAUGAGAGGAGAGUUUAGCCCUGUCUGAUCCACUGAUCCACCAGGAGGCAAGAUGCCAGUCCAGAUACCGGACGACACCGAUUUCUUAUCUUUUCGAGACCAAUGUGAAAGUCAGGAUGGUUGGGUCAGCCGUUAUAAUAAAGGAUCAGUGACGGUUUGGUGUCGAGACGAGGAGUGCAAAAGUGUGCAGAAACUCAAGAUGAGAAUCGUGUGCAAGGACGUGACAGCGGAGACUCUCUACGAUGUCUUGCAUGACACAAGCUACCGGAAAAAAUGGGACACCAACAUGAUUGACACUUUCGAUAUUGGAAGGCUGACAGUUAAUGCAGAUGUAGGAUAUUAUUCCUGGAAAUGUCCAACUCCACUUAAGAACAGAGACUUUGUCACCAUGCGGUCAUGGCUUCCUCUUGGAAAUGACUAUCUGAUAAUCAACUACUCUGUCAAACACCCGGAAUACCCACCAAAGAAGGAUUAUGUCAGAGCUGUGUCAUUACUAACUGGAUACUUGAUCCAAUCCAAUGGAGCAAACAGCUGUACUCUUUACUAUUUAACACAAGUGGACCCACGAGGGUCUUUACCCAAGUGGGUAGUGAACAGGGUCUCACAGUUUGUGGCACCAAAGGCAAUGAAAAAGAUUUACAAGGCCUGUCUGAAGUACCCUGAGUGGAAGCGAAAACACGAGCCGAAUCUGAAGCCAUGGAGGUACCCGGAGCAGAACACACUGCCCUGCAUCAACGUGGCGGAUCUGACGGUGCAGAGAGCAGAUUCACUGGAGAACAUUGACGAGAGCGGCGUCAGCGAGGAGAAAGCCCAGCACCACAGCGAUGAUGACGAGACCUAAAACUGCUCUCUCAUAUCCAUCCUGGAGAUCAGGCACAGAACAAACUAACAUUAUAGUGUUUGCAGAGAUUUCAAGACCUCCAUACACUCAACACAGUUCUGUAGUCAUCUUUUAUCAUGUAUGAUCAAAUAAAACAUUCAAAGUUAA